GUUGUGAUUUUGCUGGGAUGUUUUGCUUCGUCUUGUUGGGCAAACGAGGCAUCCUGUCUUGGAGCAUACGACCUCUACUUUGUUUUAGACAAGUCCGGAAGUGUCGCUGGUGACUGGGUCGAGAUUUACUCGUUUGUGAAGAACCUCACCGACAGAUUUGUGAGCCCCAGAAUGAGAGUCUCCUUCAUCGUUUUCUCAGUUAAUGCUCAAGUCCUGCUUCCUCUGACCGGAGACAGUUAUAAGAUCGAACAAGGUCUGGAGCGCCUGCGGAACGUGAUUCCAGCAGGUGAAACGUACAUGCAUGAGGGAAUGAAAGAGGCCGGAGAACAGAUAAAAGUUCAGACGUCCAAGGGCUCCAGCAUCAUCCUGGCGUUGACGGACGGGAAACUGGAAGUGUACAUUCACGAGCUCACAGUGAACGAGGCUAAUAAGGCGAGGUCUUACGGCGCUCGUGUGUACUGUGUUGGCAUCAAAGACUUUGACGAGCAGCAGCUUGCUGAGAUCGCGGACACCAAGGACCAAGUGUUUCCUGUUAAAGAUGGCUUCCAUGCACUUAAAGGCAUCGUCAAUUCUAUAUUAAAGCGAUCGUGCACGGAGAUCCUGAGCGUGGAGCCCUCCAGCGUCUGUGUGAAUGAGACCUACGACCUCGUCCUCAGAGGGAACGGCUUCAUGCUCGGCAAGAGCAGCGAAGAAGUCCUCUGCAAAUUCAAAGUCGGACAGCAAACCUUCGAUGCUACACCGAGCGUUGUGCGUAAUGAUUACCUGCUGUGUCCUGCACCGCCGCUCUAUGAAGUCGGACAGACUAUGGAGGUUCUCAUCAGCUUAAACAAAGGAAGAUCCUACAUCCCCAGCCCCUACGCCAUCACUGCCUCCACAUGUUCGGAUGGUUGGGUGGUGUUCAUAGUCUUCCUGGUGAUCAUGGCUCUCGUGGCUUCGGCCCUCAUGUGGUGGUUCUUUCCUCUCUGCUGCACAGUGGUCAUCAAAGACCCACCGCCGCCUCCUCCACCUGCCCGUCCUCCACCACCUGAGCCGGAGCCUCUGCGCCAGAAGAAGUGGCCAACUGUGGACGCCUCCUACUACGGAGGAAGAGGAGCAGGAGGGAUCAAACGCAUGGAGGUGCGCUGGGGGGAGAAAGGCUCGACUGAAGAGGGAGCCCGACUGGAGAAGGCGAAGAAUGCUGUAGUGUCCAUACCAGAGGAGGUGGAGGAGCCGAUGAUCAAACGUUCCCCAAAGCCCGCCCCCGCUUACCGCCCAUCAGAGAACAAGUGGUACACUCCCAUCAAGGGUCGUCUCGAUGCUUUGUGGGCUUUGCUGCGGCGGCAGUACGAUCGAGUCUCCGUCAUGCGUCCCACCAAUGCAGACCAGGGUCGGUGUAUGAAUUUCAACCGUGUGCAGCGUUAGCAGAAGAGAGAGCCGUCUUUGUUAGAGAGCCGACGUGCGCCGACCGCUGUGGACGACGAGAGAAGAUGUUCAGGUUUUUUUUGAUGAUCCGUAAUCAUGCAGCUAAAACCACUCUGUGUUCACUCCGCUUCACUCUGUGCACAAAGUUUCUCUUCUUCCUCUUCUCUCCCCUUUAAAGACUUCCAAAGCACACAGGGUGUUAAUGUUAUAAAUAUCAACUCUUAAGUUAUUAUUUUUUUAAUUAAGUUGACUUUUUUUUUUUUUUUUAUUCCCUUAAAUUUGUGUUAAAUUAAAAAAGAAAAAAAGCCAAAGCUGAAGCACAGGACGCCCCAGAACUCAGCUCUCAGACUUUGUUAGCUUUUCGUGCGCUCCAAAGGCUUAACAUAUUCUGACCAUAUUGUGCCUUCUCUGAAAAACCUAAUUUCAUGGACACAGACGGAAGCUAUCUAAAAAAAAAAAAAAACAGAAAGAAAAACAGAGAAAGGGGGCUGUUUGCCUUUGGCAUGGAAGUCGGAAUAAUCCCAGUGGGCCUCACAAGUGCAGAAGUCCGUCGCCUUUUGGCAAUGUCUCAUCACGAACCCUCUCCAACUUCAGCAGUGCUGGAUGCCUGGCGGCUGCCCUUUGACUGGCUUAUCUUGUCAUUUUAACACUGAGAAGUGCACACGCAUGAC